AUGGUUAAGACACGAGUUCCACGAAGACGGUCGAACCUUUCUAAUGUGGUUCAGUCGCAGAGAGCUGCCCGUACGAAAAGACCGAGUGUUACGGGAGACGACUCCUCAAAGAAGGAAGCCAUUCACACUAAGUCCGAUACUGACGAUGCUCAUAUAACAAACGAUAAACCGUCGCAGCAUUCGGAUAAGAAUGGUAGUGAAGAAAGCUCAAUAGCGCAGAUAUCCAGUUUUAAAAGUGAUACUUCGGAGUCAGAAUCAUCACCACUUUUCGAUGACAUUCCGUCCGCUUUUUUAGAAAGACUUAUGAGCUUCUCGUUAUUCCAUAACGCUCCAAAGCUGUUCUACGUCGCAAUUGCCAGGAAAUUGAAAUUAGUGGGUUAUCAUGCUCACGAAUUUAUCGUUAAAGCUGGUGAACCAGCUUUAGCUAUGUACUGGAUCUUACGUGGAUCUGCUAACGUCACAUUCCCAGAUGGGGAAAUUGUACAUGCAGAACUCGUUGAAGGUUCUUAUUUUGGAGAGAUAGGUAUUCUUUUUAACAGGCCAAGAACGGCCACAGUGGUAUCGAAGACCAAAAUCUUGCUUGGCGUUCUAACUGCAGAGAAUUUUAAUCAAGUGCUCUUACAUUUCCCUCAGGUUGAGAGACAAAUUAGGGACGAAGCUCAAGAACGGCUUGCUACACAAGAAAAGCAACGGAAGGCAGGUGUCACCAAAAUCCUACAUGAUGAUGAUUUUAUUGUUAGGAAGCAAUCUCCUUCUUCAUUGACAAGCAUCCCGAAUAGUCCCUCCUUUUAUGAAAGCUCCGGGUUAUGUGCUGAUCCUUUACCAUUGUCAGAUUACCCACUAAAUCCACCCAACCUAAAAGAUCCUUCUGAGAGAUUGACUGAGGAAAUACUGUUACCUCCUCAACUUCCGAAAAGAAGCACGUCUUCAUCGCCCGCUGCAGCAUGCUCAGGAAACACCAGAUACAUGGAGACCAUUGACGGUACCAUUUCUACAAGACAAUUUUUGAAAAGUUUACCCUUGUUUGCCACUUUACCUGCAGAAAUUAUCCAUCAAUUGGCCCUCUCAGUUGAGAUCAGACAAGUUCCUCCUUUCGAAUACGUUUUUCGUAAGAAUGAUUUUGGUGAGAAUAUUUAUUUUAUUAUCAGUGGAGAAGUAGAGGUCCUAGGACCAUCUUCGCCUGAGAAUUUCCGAGGCAAAUCAUUGUUGCCAUCUUAUAAAAUCAUUGAUAUCGUAUUGGCAAGAUUGGGACCAGGCCAAUAUUUUGGUGAGAUGGGAUUUCUCAACUCCAUUACAGAUGAUCUUGAAACAAGAUCUAAAUGUCGAAGAUCCGCGGAUAUUAGAACUGUAUCAAACUGCACUCUACUAGUGCUCACAGGUGAGACAUUGAGAGAAUUUUGUGCUAAGUUUCCAGAAACAGAGCAUCAAAUUAAGCGGACCGCUGAAGAGCGUGUCAAGAAAAAUAUCAAUCUUCAGAAGGACAACGAUUCUGAAUAUCAGCCACACUCUUUAGAAAAUUCUAGUAACCUGAUGGCGCCCGUUUCAAGAAAGGGCUAUAUUGAUUUACUGAAUAACCAAGCGAAUCAAACAGAAGAACAGGCUGUCUCUAGCACUGUUGAAAGCCAGGAUAUUGAUGCCACAUCUAGUAAGGAAUCAAAAGAGGAUGAUAAUGGCCGAGUUCUGUUCACAUCUAGCUUUGCGUUUGAUAAGCAGCCUGAAAAGGUUGUACGGCAAACUUCAGCUUCACCCACUCAUCAAAUGAAAUCACUAAACUCACCGUCUUUUACUCCUGUAUCUUUUUCGUCUCGCCAAGGUUCCCCUUCAGAUUCUGCAGUAUCAGCUAACUCUGCCAGUGCCGUAAGUUCAGUUCCAAAUGUUGAACCUACUUCGCUAAGACCUUUAGAACUUCACGUACCGCCUUUAAACGCAUCUCUUAAGCGCCGCAAUUCCACUUUUUCAUUAUCAAGUCCAUCCCCAAUACAGUAUAUGAGUCAUUUGAAGAGAGUACGGCUUUCAAAUGUCGGUGGUGGUCCAUCAAGACGUCGUUCCUCAGUUUUGAGUGUUGGUCCCCUACCAGAUAGACUGCUUUUAAGGUGUUUCCAAUACAUAUCCCUACCGGAACUUAUGAAGUUAAGGUUGGUCUGUAGGCGCUGGCGUCAACUUCUGUAUGUGGCUCCAGGACUUUUCGACAAACUUGAUUUAACACCUUGGAGCAAGGUUGUCGACGAUAAAACUUUGCAGGAGAUCACUGAUUUCGUGGGAUCUAGACCAAAACAUAUCAAUGUAUCUAACUGUUUUCAUGUAACAGACGAAGGAUUUUCAUAUAUGGUGAACGAAAUUGGCAUCGGUGGGCAAAUUAAAUCUCUAAAGAUGUCAUCAUGUUGGGACAUUAGUGCAAUGUCUAUAAUGGAUAUCGCAGUUCCUUCGAUUGGGAAGUUACUAGAAGAAAUUGACCUGAGCAACUGUAGGAAAGUUAGAGAUGACGUUAUCCAGAGAUUAAUCGGGUGGGACGUAUAUCAGGUGGGCUCAAACAAUGAAUUUUUCAACGAUAUCAACAAGAUAAGUUCUUUAUACCCACUUGACGAACCCAUACCUGGAAUGGAAGAGUACUCAACACAAACAAGUACCAAAGCAUCUCACAAUGAUGUCAUUGGCUGUGGAAAAUUGCAUAAGAUGAUUCUUCGUCAUUGCAAAAAUCUUACAGAUUUAACUUUAUAUCACAUGUCAUUAUACGCAAAGGAUAGAUUAACCUAUCUUGAUUUCACAAGGUGCUCAGGGCUAACAGAUGUUGGGUUCUCUUAUUGGGCGUAUCAGUCGUUCCCCAACUUGAAGACCUUGAUUGUGAGUGAAUGUAUAUUUUUGACUGAUAAUUCUAUUCGAUCAAUAGUAAACGGUUGUCCAAACUUGUCUCACUUAAAUCUGUCAUUCUGCUGCUCUUUAACAGAUGUAGCGAUUGAAUUAUUAUGUGUCGGUGGUCAAAACCUGGAAGAAUUAGACAUCAGCUUUUGCGGCAGGGCCGUAAGUGAUAUUUCCCUUCUAAACAUUUCUAUGCACUUGAGAAAACUUCAAAAUAUCUCGCUCAAAGGUUGCUUAAGAGCUACUAGAUCUGGUGUUGAUUCCUUACUUGGUGGGUAUGCUCCAUUAAAAAGAAUUGAUGUUUCUCAAUGCAAAAAUGCUCAUAUUUACCAAGGUGGUAUUCCAGCUACUCGAUUCGAACCAUCGCCUGGCUCCAAAUCUGUAUUUUUGACCAUGGAAGAUACCUCUAGGUGUAUUGAGGUAAUAAUUUGA